AUGGGAAAAACGCAAAUAUGGGAAAAACGCAAAUAUGGGAAAAAUGCAAAUAUGGGAAAAACGCAAAUAUGGGAAAAACGCAAAUAUGGGGAAAACGCAAAUAUGGGGAAAACGCAAAUAUGGGGAAAACGCAAAUAUGGGGAAAACGCAAAUAUGGGGAAAACGCAAAUAUGGGGAAAACGCAAAUAUGGGGAAAACGCAAAUAUGGGAAAAACGCAAAUAUGGGAAAAACGCAAAUAUGGGGAAAACGCAAAUAUGGGAAAAACGAAAAUAUGGGAAAAACGAAAAUAUGGGAAAACCGAAAAUACGGGAAAAACGCCAAUAUGGGAAACACGCAAAUAUGGGAAAAACGCAAAUAUGGGAAAAACGCAAAUAUGGGAAAAACGCAAAUAUGGGACAAACGCAAAUAUGGGACAAACGCAAAUAUGGGACAAACGCAAAUAUGGGACAAACGCAAAUAUGGGACAAACGCAAAUAUGGGAAAAACGCAGGUAUGGGAAAAACGCAAAUAUGGGAAAAACGCAGGUAUGGGAAAAAUGCAGAUAUCGGAAAAACGCAGAUAUGGGAAAAACGCAGAUAUGGGAAAAACGCAAAUAUGGGAAAAAACGCAAAUAUGGGAAAAAACGCAAAUAUGGGAAAAAACGCAAAUAUGGGAAAACGCGAAUGUGGGAAAAAUGCAGAUAUGGGACAACUGCAAAUAUGGGAAAAAAGCAAAUAUGGGAAAAACGCAAAUAUGGGAAAAACGCAAAUAUGGGAAAAACGCAAAUAUGGGAAAAACGCAAAUAUGGGAAAAACGCAGGUAUGGGAAAAAUGCAGAUAUCGGAAAAACGCAGAUAUGGGAAAAACGCAGGUAUGGGACAAACACAGAGAUGGGAAAAACGCAGAGAUGGGAAAAAUUCAGGUAUGGGAAAAACGCAGAUAUGGGAAAAACGCAGAUAUGGGACAAACGCAGAUAUGAGACAAACGCAGAUAUAG